AUGGGAUUGAUUAACGCCAAAGACUUCCAGACUUUGAACCAUUCAAAAGCAGUGUUGUCAAUACAUCAACUUGUCGAUCUGUCAGAGCUGCUUGAUGUGCUCUCCGGUGUGCUCGGCUGUCCGGUGUAUCCUCGACGAAUGAUCACGAAAGACGUUCUGGGUCGAUUCCGAAUUUUCGAAGCUGAACAUAUCAUCAGUAAAAAGCUCGUCAAUGAAGAUAGCCGCUUCAAGUAUUACGAAUCACAAGUGCUGAUGAAUGGCACUUAUACAAACGUGCUGCUGAAAGGAAGCCGAAGAAUGAGCCCAGCAGAGUGGAGAGAGCAAAUGUACGAUGAGCUCAGAGUGAGCUUUGUUGCCCGUGAACUACAUCUGCCAAUGCGUACCGUACAUGGAAUUCUACGAGCAGAUAACGGAUACGUCAUAUAUGAUAACAAGCCCGGUUGUGAAUUUUCUCGAUUCCUUGAGGAGUACGACGAUAAGUUGGACCUGGGAACAAGGAUCAAGCUGUGUAGAGCUUUGGCGAGUGUCAUGUCUGGCCUAUACAAUGCCGAUAUAUAUUGUGGUGCAGUGAAAUUGGACAAUUUCUAUGCCUAUUAUGUGGGUGCACUCCCGUAUAGUCGGAUUCAACUGGUUUUUACUGGAGGAGCAGAUCUGACACCUUUGGAAAAGACGAAGCCCAUCGAUAGCGGGGAUUUCUCCCAAAUGGCUCCUGAAGUAUCGUGGACCCGGUUGCUCACUCCCGAAGCUGGGGUGCACAGUAUGGGCUUGGUCUUACGCCGUGUUCUUGGACAUCUUCCAGAAUUACCAACACAAGACCCUAAUGCCUCGCUGCUGCCACGAAUCAAUGCACUUAUCAGCAAAUGCUUGCACCCAAGGCCAUCGGAGCGACCAAGUAUGAACGGAAUCUUUCUUGAAUUGGAUAAUGCAGCUGGCAGCGUUCGUCAUACUAGACAACCACGUUGGACUCCGAUUUGA